AUGGCUUGGCGUUCAUCUGGUUCAUCAAAUAGAGAAUUAAUUGAAAAUUUAUAUAGAAAUGGUUUAAUCAAAGAUCAACGUAUCAAAGAAUCAAUGUUACACAUUGAUCGAGCUGAUUUUACCGAUCGUACAUCUGAUGCUUACGAGGAUCGACCUCAAUCAAUUGGUUAUGCGGUAACAAUCAGUGCUCCACAUAUGCAUUGCUUUGGUUUGGAAAUUCUCAAAGAUCACUUAAAACCUGGUGCUAAGGUUCUUGAUGUUGGCUCUGGUUCUGGAUAUUUAACAGCAUGCAUGGGACGUUUAGUUCGUCCAGGUGGUAAAGCAAUUGGUAUUGAACAUAUUCAAGAACUUGUUGAUAAAUCAAUAAUAAAUAUUAAAAAAAAUAAUAAAGAUCUAUUUGAUGAAGGUGUUUUAGAAAUUCAUAAAGGUGAUGGUCGACAAGGUUAUGCUGCUGAAGCACCAUAUGAUGCUAUUCAUGUUGGUGCAGCUGCACCUAAUACUCCACAUGAACUCAUUCGUCAACUUAAAGUUGGUGGACGACUUGUAUCACCUGUUGGAGGUGGGUUUGGUCAAGAAAUGAUAACAUAUGAUAAAAAAGCUGAUGGGACCUAUAAAGAAGAAACUCAUAUGGGCGUUAUGUAUGUUCCAUUAACUGAUGAACAAAAACAAUAUGCAAAUGCUGGAAUACGAAAAGACUUAUAG